UUUCAUGUUACAUAUGGACGCACGGCCGGUAGUUAGCGGGAAACCAGCAGUCCUCGGCAUAAAAGCUCUUGUUUCCUAAAAUAACUACCGUGCUACUAAACUACGACCAAGUUUCAGUCAGGAUGUACCGUAGUGUUUAAACACAAGACGGAAUUGCCUUUCUCAAAUCCACCGACUAUUUCAUCCAUCGUUCGUCGCUAUCAGGUUAGCUAGCCAGGAGGCGAGGAAAGUUGAGGCUGGCGCUACUGCUUAAGAAAAUACACCCACAACAAACUGUAUUGGAAUGAGAUAGCCCGGCCCGAUCAACAUGAGCCAGUUUAACUUGGAACGUUUCCGAUUUCAAAAGUCGUUUACGUGCAAAGGGCAGAACACGCGUUCCGAGUCUGAGAAGGAGAACAAGCCGGCAGCUCAAAUGAAAUCCACCAAAUCCCAUUUAUCAACAUCCUAUAGCCAAGGAGUAAUUUUUGAAGACUCUGACGAUGACAAGCCUCCUAGAAAAAAAUCCUUCUCGAAGAAAUCCAGAGAUGCUGUGAUCAAACCAUCUACACAUGUCAUCAAAGAUGAAAGAGAAGAGAAAAAAAGUCAAGAGUCAAAACUCGCUGAACUGUUCCCUAACUUAUCGAGGAAAAAGCUCUCAGAGGUUGUUGGUAGCACAAGUACGCUUGAUGGAGCUGUUGCCACGUGCCUGCUGAUUUCUGAAGAUAAAGACAAAGAUUGUGUCGGGAAGAGAAAGGAGGAUUUAUCUGACAGCUCAAGGACGAUCGGAGAGACUCGACUUGACCGAAAAAGAAAACAAACAGAGGUUGUUGGAAGUGCCAGCACUGUGGAUGGAGUUGAUAGUUCAGUUCCACUGAUUCAAAAUGAUGGCUCAGAUUUUGUUCAGAAGAGAAAUUCUGAUGUAUCCUUCAACUCAUUGGAGUGCAGUGAAACUCAACCAUACAAAAGGAUAAAGCAAAUAGUGGUGUCUGAUGACUCAACGGAGGAUUCUGAAGACGAACCAAGUUGGGAGAAACAGGAGGCAAUGGUCCAAAAACUUCAGAAGAAGUUUGCCAAUCAAUUUGCCAAAGAGGAGCUGCGAUCAGUGCUUCAGGAACACAGCUGGGAUGUUGUUGAGGCCCGACAUGCUCUAAAGAUGUUCUCUGAGCAAGAUGACAGCUGCUUGUCAAAAGAUGCACCAAAAAUAUCCCAACAUACCAAAAGCGAGGAGAAGUCUUUAAAGGAGCAAAGCAAAUUGCACCAAUUUGUGUUUAGUGACAAAAAAAUAGAUGCCAAGGUGGACACGCACAAAGAUUUAAGUGACACUCAAAACAGUUCAGAUGCUACAGUUGACAGUGAUGACUACGCAGCUGAAGAAAAUGUCAAACAUUCCAAUUCCAUCCUCUCCUCGUGGAUUACAAAAGACAUGUUACCUGUCAUGAAAACUACUUACCAGAAGCCAUCCUGCUCCUCCACCUCAUUAUCGUCAGGAAAAACACUGUCCAGUUUUGACAGUGGGACCAGUCUGGCUAAGAAGCGAGCAAAAGAAAGAAAGCAAAAAGCCCGUGCCGUUGAAGAAAGCAUGAGCUCCGGCGACGAUGACGACGACGACGAUGAUGAUGAGAGUGCAUCAAGCAGUGACUUUGACAACUACGAUGAUGCAUUGGCAAAGAUUGAUGGCGUGAAAGGAGAGGUACUCAAGUUCUUUCAAGAGGCCACCAUUGAUGAGCUGACCCUUAUUUCCAAGUGUUCCAUCAAAAAAGCCAGUAAGAUCAUCGAGCUGCGACCCUUUAAAAACUGGCUAAGCCUGCUCAAUGUGAUGCAAAAGAUCAACGGACUGUCAGAGGAUCUGCUGGUGGACUGCAGAACGGUUCUUAAGGAGCGUACCAUUGUACGGAGACUCAUGUCUAAAUGUGAGACUAUUUCCUCCCUAAUGGUCAAGCAGGUCACAGAAGUCAUGCGGGCUGGCUCGGGAACAAUGCAACAACCAAGCCUGCUCAAUAGCCAGUUCAAGCUUAAACCCCAUCAGCUUAUAGGUCUGAAAUGGCUGCAGCUUCUGCACGAGCACAACCUGAGCGGCAUCCUCGCUGAUGAGAUGGGUUUGGGGAAAACCAUCCAAGCAAUUGCCUUCUUAGCCCAUUUAUUCCUGAAAGGAUUAGAGGGUCCUCACCUCAUCAUUGUGCCUGGCUCCACACUUGAUAACUGGGUCAGAGAGCUGAAAAAAUGGUGCCCCAUUCUGAAAGUAUUAGUCUAUUGUGGAUCUAUGGAGGACCGCAGUUACCUGAAGCAUGACAUCCUGAACAAUGAGGUUGAUUUUAACAUCCUUGUCACCACGUACAACUUUGCCAUUGGGAAUAACAAUGAUCGCAGUCUGUUCCGCAAGCUGCGCGUUACAUACGCCAUCUUCGACGAGGGUCACAUGCUGAAGAACAUGAAUUCAUUGCGGUAUCGCAACCUCAUGUCUAUCAAUGCAAAGCAUCGCUUGCUACUAACUGGCACGCCAUUACAAAACAACCUCUUGGAGCUGAUGUCACUACUCAACUUCAUCAUGCCGUCCAUGUUCUCCAGCUCUACCGUCCAGCUCUCUAAGAUGUUUUCUAUGAAGUCCCGUGAGGAACAGAGUCAAUUCGAGAAGGAUCGCAUCUCUGAGGCCAAACGCAUAAUGAAACCUUUCAUCCUUCGAAGAGUUAAGAAUGAGGUCCUCCAGCAGUUACCUGACAAGAAAGAAAAGGUGGAGUACUGCUCCAUGAGUGAGAAGCAGCAGGUUCUCUACCACACACUCUUGAAAAACCUCAAGGCUUCCACCACUGGCGAAAAUCGGCAGAUGUGUAACGUGGUAAUGCAGUUAAGGAAGAUGGCCAACCACCCUCUGCUUCAUCGACAGUACUACACUACAGAGAAACUUAAAGCUAUGAGUAAACUCAUGCUCAAGGAGCCAACUCACCAUGACGCAAGUGCUGAAUUAAUUCAGGAGGACAUGGAAGUCAUGUCUGACUUUGAGCUGCAUUGUCUAUGUCAGAAAUACACAUCCAUCAGCUCCUACCAACUAGAAAACAGUCUUCUCUUCGACUCUGGGAAGUUCCGGUGGCUGACAGAGGAGCUGGCAUCACACAAAGACAAGGGAGACAAAGUUGUCCUAUUCAGUCAGUUUACUAUGAUGCUGGACAUUGUGGAGGUACUGAUGAAACAUCUAAAUCAUCAUUACAUAAGACUGGAUGGCUCCACGCCAAUCGCAGACAGAAUGGCGCUGAUUGACGAAUUCAACAACAACAGCAAUGUAUUUGUGUUCCUUCUGUCAACUCGCGCAGGUGGCCUCGGUAUCAAUCUAACGUCAGCUAACAUCGUCAUCUUGCACGACAUCGACUGGAACCCUUACAACGACAAGCAGGCUGAGGACCGUUGUCACCGCUUGGGUCAGACCAGGACCGUGCAGGUAAUCAAGUUGAUCAGUCAAGACAGUAUUGAGGAUGGCAUACUGCAGCUGAGCCAGAAGAAACUCAAACUGGAGCAGGACAUGACAGCUGCUGAGCAGUGUGGUGAGGGGACCAUGCCUGAAGACAUGGCAUCUUUGCUCAAAGCGUCGCUGGGACUGUGAUAUUCAUUGAUACGGUUGUAUGUAGAGGUGGGGUUCAAUUAUUUCAUUUAACCUGAGCACACUUGAGUUUUCUAAAAGCACACUGGAAUCCAUCUGUUGAUCAGCUCCUUAAGUCUGAUUAGUUAUGUUGCAAACACACUUUCUAAAUCAUGGGGUUUUACUCUAUGAUAGUUGUUCCCAGUGUUGAAGGCUAAACAAAUAUUGUGCCUUUUUAUGUUAUUUAACUCAAGGGUGACACGCUGUCACACUAAACUUUCAGAAAUGCAGCUUCUAUUGGAAAGCAGCAUCAUUUGUGAGAUUCUUGUGCUACAUGGACCAAACCUUUUUGCAACAUUGUGAUACAGUAGUUUGUGUUUUGAUCAUUUCACACAUUCAUACAAGCAAAAGGUCCACUGGCAUUAGUAGCGUUUCCAUUCUUUUCUACAUUUUCAACAUUACAGUAUAUAAGUUAAGACUUUUGUAAGCAAAAAUGUUAAGAAGUUUCUCGGUAAUAUUAGCACUUUGUCUGUUUUUUUUUUUCUUCAAGAAAAUCUGUUCAUUUUUUUUUUUAAAGUCACUCAAAAAAUUAUUAUUAUUUUUUUUUUACUUGUUCUCUUCUAGUGCCAUUGCAAAGUUGAAACGCUCAAAAGUAGGUCCAAAAGGUGAUACAUUACAUGUACAGUAAUUUCAUUUGCUGGACACUUUUCUGAAAAUCUUGCUAUGCAUUGGUGCGGAAGACUCUUGGAAGUAGCUGCUACAUCCUUGUACUGUAUGACUUCCUUAUAUAUAGUAAAUAUUGGUGUUUUACCUUUCAAAGCAUUUGAAACUGUGUAUGUUAUGCAUAUGUGUAUGUUGUCAAUUUUUAUUGAUUGUUAAAUAA